AAAUUAGGUCUAAGAAGAGGGAAAUCCGUUGGGCGCCGGGAUGAUGCACUGGGCGGAUUGAGCCCCCACGAGCACCCACUUCGUUCAGGGAAAUUCGCUGGGCGCCUAAUAAAAGCACUGGGCAGAUUGGUUUUCAGCCAAAAUCUGCUGGGCGCAGCUCGU